GCGAGCAGUAGAUAUCUCGUUCAAGGCUUUUGCUGCCACGAUAAAAACGUGCCAAUCAGGCCGUACAGCAGAGAAUUAAUGGGCUGAUAAAAACAAAACGAAUACGACAAUCCGGGGGGGGUGCGAAGAUAUUUCUGGCAGUAGGACCUAGGGCUGCAAUGGCCAGUUUACUGAAUAGACCAAGACAGCGUUUCGGGAAGGCACGUGUACGCGAUAUAAAUCUGCUCCUCAGGGUCACACGCUGCCACAGAACAGGUUUCCCGGCUUUCAUCUGUGCUUGGCCACAGGCUCCCUUCAUUCUCUUCCUCAUGACUACCAUGCUCACUUUUCCCUUUUUCUUGUUUUUCCUUCUUCUUUCCACGUCUGCAGAACCCGUACAUGUCUCCAUAAGGAACAACGGGGCGCGCGCAGUCGAUUACGCAGCUGCUGCGGAUGCCCUCAGGGCAAAAUACGGCUAUUUCCCCACAUCCCAGAGCAAGCGGCUUCGAAAGAGGCAGGGUACCGCUGGUAUUGGUAUUGUGGAUCAAAACACCGAUGCGAGUUAUUUUGCGACUGUCAACAUUGGAACGCCCGCGCUCUGUGCCUCGCUUUGACACCUCCAUCGUUCCGCCGGGGCCCAGUGGUUUUCUUUUUCAAUUUCGGGUGAUUCUGACGGUCUCCUCCAGGCCCCAAUCUUUCAACGUGAUUCUCGACACAGGUUCUUCGGAUCUGUGGGUUGCUGAUACGAGUUGUACGGGCUGUUCUUCUUCGACGCCUUUGUUCGACACACAAGCAUCAUCCACGUUGAAAACAGCAUCCGGCACCAGCUCUGAGACGACCAUACGAUAUGGCUCCGGAGCUGUGGCUGGAACGCUUUCCUCUGAUACAGUGUCAAUGGGAGGUUUCAACGUCACCCAGCAAAUCUUUUUGGCCGUUGACCAGACAACAAGCAGCUUGUUGAGCGGUUCCGUGUCAGGUAUCAUGGGACUCGCUUUCGAACAGAUCGCUUCGACACAGGCGACGCCCUUUUGGCAAGCCCUCGUCGCUGGAAACAAAUUGACAUCUCCGGAAAUGAGCUUUUGGCUUGCCAGGCACCGUGGUGAAUCAGACGUACAAUCAGAAGUAUCGGGAGGCGUGUUUACGCUCGGAGGAACCAACUCCACCUUAUUCACCGGAGAUAUUGAGUUUCUGAACAUGUCCGCGUCGACGCCGUCAUUCUGGCUUCUAGAGCUCCAAGCACUUACCGUCCAAAACAAAAGCGUUACUGUAACCACGAGCGGAACCACCGCGCUGUCUGCGAUCGACACCGGAACAACUCUGAUUGGUGGCCCGUCUGCAGACGUUGCUUCCUUAUGGGCUCAGGUUCCGGGCGCGCAACAGGCCCGAGGACAGGAAGGGCUGUACGAAUUUCCAUGCACCACCGAUGUCGAAGUGACAAUGUCGUUUGGUGGCAAGGCUUGGCCGAUUAAUAGCCAGGACAUGAAUCUGGGCCCCGCCACGACUGGCAGCAGUAUGUGUCUUGGGGGAAUCUUUGACCUCACGGCUGGAAGCAAUAUCCCGGAAGGAACUGGGAACCCGGGAUGGGUCGUCGGAGCAACAUUCUUGAAAAAUGUGUACUCCGUGUUCAGAGACUCAAAUCCCCCAGCGAUUGGAUUUGCCCAGUUAUCAAGCGCGGCGGGGGGAUCAGGCACACCCGGAGCGGCGACAAGUGGAACGUCGACAAGCAGCACUGCUAAAUCGGCGGCAGUGAUCAUUAUACCCUGGAGAGUAGAUUUAUUAAUUUCAGGACUGGUGGUCCUGUCGUGUUUUUUGUUUUUAUAAUUGAAGGACUAACUCGUCUGUGAUUGUUAUUGAAUGUAGUAUUUACUAAAUGCGUACCAGUAAUUAGUGAUGUUGAACGUUUACUGCUUAAAAAUGAUUGUGAAAAACAGCCCUGAAUAAUGUAAAUAUGCCAAGCAAACUGUUGCAGUACCGUCGAGAAUAGUACAAGACAAGGA